CUUUUGUCUCAAAUCAAACAUUCACYGUGAUCUAUAGGCCGAAUCCUGGAUAACUGAGAAGCUCCAAACAGCUCAAGAUGAAUCAUACAGAGAUCCAACAAACCUCGAAAGUAAACUACAAAAGCAUCAGACGUUUGAAGCAGAACUCACUGCUCAUGAAGAUGUUAUCGACUCAGUCCAGAGAAAUGGAGAAGAGCUCAUAUCUUCGGGUCAUUUUAGUGCAAAUGAAGUUGAAUSGCGUAUCGAAUCACUGUAUAUUCAUUGGGAGGAACUAUUAGAGGCGUCGAGCAACAAGGRAAGAAAACUGGAAGAGGCCAGAGAUCAUCAAAAGUUCAACAUCGAAGUGGACAUUGCCGACUCAAGCAUAAGUGAUAAGGAAGCCAUUGUUUCAUCAGAAGAUGUAGGUAAUGAUUACGACCACUGCAUUCACUURCAAAAGAAAAUGAAGGAAUUUGAUCAAGACCUUGCCGUGGAGGAAGACCGAGUUGCCACUAUCAAUCGCCUGGCAGACAAACUGGUCAAUGAAGGACAUGCAGGAUCCUCCCUUAUUUAUCAACGACAACAAGCUCUGAAUGAAAGAUGGAAUGCGCUUCAAGAUAAAGCCAGUGAGAGGAGGCAGAAGUUAGCUGAGGCUUGUGAGAUCCAUGCAUUUGACCGUAGUUGUAAAGAGGUGGCUGGUAUGAUUAAUGAGAAGGACGUUAUAUUAUCAACUGAAGAUCUUGGACGUGAUCUUCCCAGUACCGAAGCUCUAAUUCGUAAACAUGACGACGUUGAACGAGCAUUGACUGUGAUCGAGGGUAAAAUGGAAAUGCUCGAGAAUGAGGCUCAUCGACUCGUACGUUCUCAGCCUCACAUGGCACGGAUCGUCCAGGCYAAACARACUGAAAUUAUAGAAAGCUGGGAACAGCURAAUGACAAGUUUGACGAAAGGAAAGGUYGUCUUGAAGCCAACCGAUUGCUGCAAAUAUUCCUUGUUGAUUACCGAGACCUAACGUCAUGGAUGAACGAUCUCGAUUCGCGAAUAACAAGUGGGGAACUGGCAASCAAUGUGAAAGAUGCUCAGGCACUGCUAGAUUUACACAAAGAGAGAAAGAGUGAAAUCGACGCCCGACAAGAAUCAAUAACAGCAACGCAUGCGUUUGGACUAAGUUUAGUUGAGCAGAACCAUUUUGCAGAGACAGAGAUCAAAGGCGAUGUCAGAAACCUCAAUGGAAUGAGCUCACACCUUCAAAACGUCUGGCAAAAACGACAGAAGCUGUUAGAACAGUCUUAUGAGCUUCAGGUAUUUCUAGCCAGUGCAGAUCAAGCUGAUAACUGGAUAACAAACAAGCAAAAUAUGAUGAUCCACAACGAUUCAAACGAUAAUCUUGACACAGUGCAGUCACUUUUAAAAACUCAAGUCAACUUUGAAAAGUCUAUCGCAGCGUAUGAGGAAAAAAUCAACACCCUCAACCAUUCAGCAAAUAACCUYAUAGAUAAGAAACACUACCAGAUGGAUAUCAUCAAACGUCGACAAUUGGAGGUCUUAGAAAAGUGGGAAAAACUUAAAMGUUUAUUAGCAUCUAAAAGCGAAAAACUCGGUGAAUCGAAACUACUCUUCCAAUUUCUAAGGGACGCAGAUGAGAUGGAAUCCUGGAUUAACGAAAAGUUGCAGACCGCAGCCGAGGCAUCUUAUAGAGAAGCUUCUAACCUGCAGCUCAAGCUUCAAAAGCAUGAAACAUUUCAAGCCGAAGUAACCGCAAAUAAAGGACAGCUUGAUAGCGUAAUCAAAGAUGGUGAUUCACUACUCAAUACUCAUCGUGAAACAGUAGAAAAACGACAAAAGGAUCUUACUGAUCUUUGGAAACUCCUCGAAGACCUUUCAGCAAAUAAAGCGCAAAGGCUUAAAGAGGCCAUCCAAAAGCAAACAUUUGAUCGUAGCGUAACAGAGUUAGAUACAUGGAUGGAUGAAAUCUAUGGAGCUCUCUCUUCAAAGGACUAUGGACGAGACUUGAGAUCUGUGGGAAAUUUGAUAAAGAAACAUAGACUAACAGAGGAGGAUAUCCUGAGUCAUGAAGACCGUGUUAACGAGAUCCUAGACCAGGCAAAUGCUUUUCARGAAGCUGAUCACUUCCAGAAAGAGGAAAUUGCAGAAAGAGCAUCUGAUGUGGCUGAGAGGUUUGAACAACUUUCUGAGCCAACGGCUGCACGAAAACAGAUGCUUGAAGAAGGCCUUGUGUUGUUUCAAUUUAUAAAUGAUGCACGCGAGGAGAUGGACUGGAUUCGAGAAAAAGAACCAUUGGUUAAUUCUGAAGAUUACGGUCACAACUUGAAUGGUGUACAGAACUUGCUGCAGAAGCAUGAAGCUUUCGAAGCUGAGUUGACUACGCAUGAGCAGUUAGUUCAAUCAGUGAACGAAACCGCAAGACGGUUAGUGAAUGGCGGGCAUUUUGCUACUGGUGUUAUCUUGGAGAAUUCAAGCAACUUAAAAUCAUCUUGGACAGAACUYACGCGACUUGCAGAAAUUAGAAGGACUAAGCUUAAUGAAUCAUUAGCUACACAACAGUACUACGCCCAGGUCUCAGAAAUCGAAACAUGGCUUCAAGAGAAACUCCCUCUGGUUUCUAACGAAGACUAUGGUCGUGACGAAACCAGCRCUAAGACCCUCCUACGCAAGCACGAAACACUGCAGCUAGACUUUGACAGAUUCGACAAGAAAAUUGAUGAGCUCGGAAUGCAGUGUAAGAAUAUGGUUCAACAGGGAAAUAGUGAUUCUGAUAACAUAAAAACGCGACAGAGAGAACUUCUACAACGGUACUCMGAACUUAGUGAACUAUUUUCAUAUCGUCACCACCGUCUUCUCGAAUCUUCUCGACUCCAUGCUUUCUUGCGUGAGGUUGACGAGGUGGAAACAUGGAUCGAAGAGAAAGAAAACAUCGUCACUUCUGACGACUGUGGYCGUGAUCUGGAACAUGUCGACAUGCUGAUGGAAAAGUUUGAAGCCUUUACACGUGACUURGUUUUGUCCGGAGAGAGGAUAGCAAAACUUACUACGCAUGCGCAAGAGUUAUUGAAUGAUGAGCAUAGUGAUAGUGAGAUAAUAGAGCAGCGAGCAGAGCAAAUUUGCUCAAGAUGGGAAAUUCUUAAGGAGCGAACCAACACGCGACUAAAUGCGUUGGAUCGAGCUAAAGAUUUGCAUAUGUUUAACCGGAAUGUCGACGAAACAAAGGCCUGGAUCCAAGAGAAAGAAGCUGCGCUGAUGUUCACCGAUGAAAGUGCACGUGAUCUUAGCAGUGUGCAGGCAUUGCAACGUAAACACGAGGGUUUCCAGAGAGAUUUAAAAGCUCUGGGCAUCAAGGUCACAAAUUUGAGSCAGGAUGCAGACGACUUAAUGGAAAGGAUACCCGAUGAAAAGAAGCACUUGUCUGACCAAAAGCGUAUCAUCACGGAGGCGUGGGAAAAUCUCCAGCAAAGARCGAGUAGUAAGAAAUCAGUACUAAGCCAAUCAGAGGGCCUCCAAACGUUUCUUAGUGACUACAAAGACCUCAU